AAACUGCAUUAUCAAUUAAGAAACAUGCAGGAAUGAUUAGCUUAAAACCUGGUAGACAGGAGCGUAUUGACAACCAAGAAACAGAACUUCCUUCUUUUUGACAUGACGACACAUCCCCUCACCAACAACAACAUUAAGCAGCGCCUCAUCAAAAAGGUGCAGGAAGCCGUUCUCGACAAAUGGGUGAACGACCCUCACCGCAUGGACAAGCGCCUGCUGGCCCUCAUCUACCUGGCCGACACCUCGGAUGUCCUAGAGAACGCGUUCACACCCCUCCUGGACAAGCAGUACGAUUUAGCCACCCAGCGGGUGCGGCAGCUCCUGGACUUAGACCCUGAGGUGGAGUGUCUGAAGGCCAGCACCAACGAGGUGCUGUGGGCAGUGGUGGCCGCCUUUACCAAGUGACGCUGCGCAGAACCGGGCGUCCUCCUUUCUCUC